UCGUGACUAAUGAGAUGUUUCUAGGAAGCUCACAGGCCUGAGUUCUCCUUGCAGGUGGAGGCAGGUUUUUUCUUUGAGUGAAAUCUCUGCAAUCCAAAAAUGGCAGCGAAUAAGCCCAAAAGUCAAAAUUCUUUGGCCUUGCACAAAGUAAUCAUGGUUGGCAGUGGAGGUGUAGGAAAAUCUGCAUUAACUCUGCAGUUCAUGUAUGAUGAGUUUGUGGAAGACUAUGAACCUACCAAAGCAGAUAGCUACAGAAAAAAGGUGGUCCUGGAUGGAGAAGAAGUCCAGAUAGAUAUAUUGGAUACAGCAGGGCAGGAAGAUUAUGCUGCAAUUAGAGACAACUAUUUUCGAAGUGGAGAAGGCUUCCUCUGUGUAUUUUCCAUUACAGAACUUGAAUCUUUUGCAGCUACAGCUGACUUUAGAGAGCAAAUUUUAAGAGUAAAAGAAGAUGAGAAUGUUCCCUUUUUGCUGGUUGGUAACAAAUCAGAUUUGGAAGAUAAAAGACAGGUUUCUGUAGAAGAAGCGAAAAACAGAGCUGAACAGUGGAAUGUUAACUAUGUGGAAACGUCUGCUAAAACACGAGCUAACGUUGACAAGGUAUUUUUUGACUUAAUGCGAGAAAUCAGAGCCAGAAAGAUGGAAGACAGCAAAGAAAAAAAUGGAAAAAAGAAAAGGAAAAGCCUAGCCAAGAGGAUCAGAGAAAGAUGUUGCAUUUUAUAAUCAAGACUGCAAACUUUUCUUCAUACUUUGAGCAUACUAAUAAAACCCAUAACUUACAGCAUGCCAUUUGGAGGCUCCUAUGACCGAAAUUACUCUUAACAGUUUUGAAUUUGUAAUGUACCACUUAAAGCAUGAAUUGGGACAGCACCUGAAGUCUUUCACUGGAAAAGGCCUAUGUGGCUUCAAAAGAAACAGAUUUCAAUUAAUUUCAAAAUUUUCUCCUCUCACCAUUGGUUCUUCUGAAUGUAGAUUUUUUUUCCUUGCGCAGUCUCCCUUGAACUGUCAACAAAAUACAUUACUUUCUGUAUUUCUCAUAAAGCAUACACUUUUGUAUCACCAAAUUUUUACUUUGUCUUCUACUACCUUGAAAAUUACAGCAGUGGGCAGAACUAAGCAAAGGUAGUAUAUAAGCUUUUUGCUGUUAUAAGAUUAUGCAAAUUACAGAAGAGAAACUGGCUCUGUUCUCUGCUUCUAUUGGGAGUCAUUUAUACAUGGAAUUAGUUUAGACAAAUGGUGUAAACUCAUGAGAAUAUUUCAAUAUGCCUUAAUUUAAAAACCUAAAAAGUUAAUGUAGUUAAGGGUAUAUUUUCCUUCUGAUGCACUUGAGUAUAUGCAUCAUUGUGAAAUUAUAUCCUGUAGUGUGGAGUGCUGUUUUGUGAACCGUUUUGUUAGCAAUGCGCUAGCAGUGUGUCUGAUCAGAAAGUGUGCCAUACUCUGGAUCUGAAAUGAUCCAGAGCAUACUGUUAUCUUGAUUGCUUUAAGCAAAAUGGCCGAUGUAAUACAUGUACAACUGAGGUUAAAUGUAAAGUGAGGAGGGUAAAGCACAUUUCAGUCUGAAGUGGACAUUUUCUUCUUAGUGCACAGAAACUGACAUUGAUCUCUGCAAGUACAUAAUGUAUACCUAUGGGGGUGGGUGUUUUUCGUAGGGUUGGGGGCACAGUGUGCACUUCAGUAGCACAAACAUGGUCUUACUCUUAGGGCUGUCUGGAAAAUACUGACCAGUUCCUCCAUUCUAUGCCUUUAGGAUCAUUGACUGUGCAUUAUCUAUUGGAGAAGCAUUCCAGUUGCUUUCUCUGGUUUACUGUUAACUAGUCCACCCUACUCUGCUGUAUAGAAAGACUGAGAGUGUGCUUCCAAAAUCCCUCAUUCAUUGUCCUAAACUUCUCUGCAUUUGAAAGAAUACUAGCACAAUGUUAGUAUGUGGAAUUGAGCUAAUAAUAAACCACUUUCUCUGAGACUUUUAAGUCGUUUGAAUGUGGGCUAGGUUAGGUCAAUUCCAAAAAGUACUUUUUUAUAUAUACAUGUGUAUAAACGUAUGAAAUGUCUGUUCAAUAUGUGUCUCAGCAGCAUAAGCAGAAGAUGUAUUUAACAUUCUAACAAUUAGACAUGAGUAAUGUGACUGUUUAGAGAACACUUGUUUAUAAAGAAGUUUUGUAUGUACUUCCUCCAGUAGAUGCUACCAUGUGCAGAAUUAGUUUUUGAUGUGCCUGGCCAAACGGAUUGGUCCUCAUCUUGCUGUAUACUUGUUUUCCAUCUGUCAAACCAGGGAGUCCAACCACUAACAUUGUAAUUUUUGUGUAAUGGGAACCAAGGUGUUAUGAAGCCAGUGGACACACAGAAACAAUUGUCGUAGGCUGAUGCCUUCUCAGAUUCUUUUUAUUUGCUAUUUGAGCCAUUGAGUAUGAAUAAACUUUCAUUUUUAAAAAA